AUGACCGAGGCCAAGAUGCCGCUCAUGCUCGAAAACGGUAUGAACGGGUCUAUGCAGGUCGAUCAGCUCGACGUCGAUGACCUCUUCGGCGACGGCGUCGGCCUGUCUCUUCAUACCGCCCGCCCCCCCACCAAGCAUUUACGUCAGAGAAUAGAUGAGCUGCGGACUCGCGGUUGCUGCCAGGGAGUAGCAUGGUCGAGAUCCGGCGCCAUCGCCUCCAUUUCUCCUGACGGAAAGACCCUGGAAGCCAGGUUUAUCCGCUCUCACCCCGAUGAUGGCAACUGGGGUCUCAGCGAGCCGACAAAGGUUGACCUCAUCGCCAUCAACGCCUCUAGCCCUAUAGUGCACCUGGCAUGGGCCUCAACAACGAGUCCCGAACUUGCCGUCAUCGACGCGACUGGUCGAGUCGCCAUCCUAACAUAUUCCAUCACCCUGAAUCGCCCCUUUGCAACGCGAAAGUGGGAUCACGAUCCGAGCGAUGAUCUUCACGCCAUCGUCGGUAGCUACUGGCUUCCACUUGCACCCCAAGCCAAGCAGUACUACGUGAGCCAUGGACCGGCAGUCAAGGAUGGCAACCAGUACCGGUACGAAAGCUCCUUCGUACAUGCCUACGGUCCCUGGCAUCCAAACCCGUCCAAGAGCGCUCUCCUAUGCGUCACCACGAACGGCCACCUCAAGAUGUUCUGGGCCCAGAACAACAACAAGAUCGAGGAAACUACACUAGAACUCGAGAGUGUCAACUCUUCAGAUGAUUUGAUCACGCACGCAGCGCUACACAGCGAUAAGAGUAAUUUGUGGAUUGCUCUGGCGACUACCUCCAAACAGUUGCGACUUGUGCGAGUUGGCAUCAAUUGGGGACUGCCGCAGUCUCAGUCCGACAACAAGCCACCCCCGGGCAGCCAGGCCCUGAAUCCAACCUUGCAGGAGAAGCAUGUCGCAAUCUCCAGCUGGUUGCCCAGUGGCUCGUCUACCACACCAAUCGACGCCGCCGCGAACCAACUGACACAUCUGGAGAUAUUACCGUCAACUUUGGAUCACACGGGCCAGGGCUGGGCUCCUCUUGUUAUCCUCGCAGUCCGCACUUACUUGCCAACACCCAAUACCCCUUACCAGGAAACGCAGAGCAUCAUUGACAAGUGGGAGGUCCUCAAUGACCAGGCCCAGAGUCUUCACCCGGCGUUUGAGCAGUUAGGAAGUCGCAGAAACAGCACAGGCGCGGCUCCGGCUUCAAAGUCCACAUCCCGACUCAAAAAGCACGACCCCGUCAUCAUCAACAAGGCCAUCAUUGGCGUCCACACUCUCCAGUACGGCAGAGUCAUUUGUUUGGCCUUCAGCGAUGGUUCAGUGGAAUACCGCGAUAGGUUCACUAUGCAGGAGAUCUAUAACGAGAUGAAUCUUGACAGAGUCAUGACACUGAACCAGGUGGGCUUUACCUUUCAGGAUGAAUCGCCAUUCAAGAUACAGGACGAUGGCAAGGUCAAAUGGAGCAAGCUGCAUUAUCCCUUGGGCGACAUCGGCAACUCUAGCCAAGACGCGCCAUAUGCCGCCACGUUGGCUGCGUUGACGGUAGCUGCAUCGACAGCAACGUUCAAUAACAUAAACUACGACGAUAUCCUGGCGGUUGCCCGACCAUAUGCAGACAAAAAGCGCUUCACGUGCGAUUGGAUCAUGGAGAUUGUGCGCAUGCUCAAGGUUCCCGUCGACUACUCAGAGGAUACCCACCACGACAGUCUCGUCAGAAACAGCUCUCUACAGAUGUGCUUGAGCAUCCUCAACCACCUUGGCUACAAGGGCAUGUUCCAGCCUCGAUCGUUUGGCGGCAAGUUCGCCAUGCUGGCGCUAAACGCACGCAAUGUCGUCAUUCUCAUCACCAUCGCCAGCAACACUCCGGUCAACAUCCGUGAAAAGCUCAGUCCGCUCGACGAGCACGAGGUUGUCGACGCGCUCGCUGGCUGUGCAAAGUGGUCCCUCGACCUUUUGUCCUGGCUUACGGACUCUCUCUUUGCUCUCCUCGACGACCCGCAGUUCGUUGCCCUCCUCACACCACAGCGUUUCUCCGAGAUAAGCACCUACCUGCAAUCCCGCUCCGACGUCUCUCUCCACCUGCUUUUGUGCUCAUCAACACGCGGUUUCCUCUCUGCCGUAUGCCGCCGUAUCCUGCACCUUGAGAUCCUCUCGAACCGCGCCAUCGAGUUCUACGAGCGCCGGGCGGCCAUGCAGAAUGCCACUGACCCGUCUUCACAAAACAAGGGUCUGCACGUCGUCCUCUACAAGGCGUACCAGAAGAUGCAGCGUGUCACCUCGAGCAGCCUCAUCAAAGUGCAAGAGUUUGACCGUCUCCUCACGGUCCUCAACAACGACAUUCGCUCCGCCUACCAGAACUCCCUCGCGUCUCUGGCGAACAAGAACCCCCCCGGUCCUGGCGGACAGAAGGCCAUCGACGCGCAGAUUAAGAACGCGCAGAUCCACUGCGAGCUCAACAUGCUUCUCGCAUCAUCGCCGCCGGCGGCCUUUCUCCCCGUCCUCCUCAAGUUCUUCAACACCGACCUCAAGGCGUACCGCGCCCAGGCUGACCCCUCCAAGCUCUUCUUCGCCGACUUUGACCUCCUCGAGAUCGACGACGACCGCCGCACGCUGGCGGCGCGCAAGGCCAAAGGCCGGUUCAUCGACGUCUUCAAGCGCGUCGAGCUGGCUACGCCGCCGGCCCGCAGCACAAAGGAGGGCGACGAUGCCAAACUGGCGCAAUGGAGGCGUUGUGUCCGGUGCUCGGCGAUCAUGGAGGACGUCUUUGGCUCUAGGCCGGGCUUCACGUUUGUCCUGGCCCAGCAGAGGAAGUGUUCCUGCGGUGGUCACUGGGGGCUCCUCCCUAAGGGAGCUCUGGUUAUCUAA